GGCACUGAGCCUUUAAAUAAAUUGACUUAUCAGGUAACAUUCAUUACUUCAGGAUUUAUUAAAUAAAAAUUUUAAUUUACCUAAUGAUUCUAAAAAGUGACCAUUUAGUUACAUUAUGUUGCCUCAUGUGAAAUUAAUUUUUUUUUAGGUUCUGUCCCGAGGUUCAGUUGUGGCUACAGCCAUGUUGGAUGGGAAUGGGAAAAGAGACUUCACAUUCAAACUUCUAGUUACCCCUUCAAUGGCUCCAACAGCCCAUCUUGUGAUUUACUAUGACAGGAGUGAGGAUGAAAUUGUGGUUGACAGUCUAGUAUUUAAUGUUGCAGGUCUCUUUGAAAACAAGGUUUGUUUUAAAAAAAAUAUUUCAAUAAAGUAAAUGAUCUAUGUAAAUAUCAACCAAGUUAGGUGGUUAUUUUUAAUCAUAUGAAAAUUCUUAUCUAUAACUAUCCAUUUAAUAUUUUGUUAAGAGCAACCCCUAUUCUUUAAAAAAAAAGUUGCAAAAACUCUGACCAUUUGAUUCCAAAAUCUAAAAAAUGUUUUCAUUACAAAAGUUUUACGUAUAAUGAACUGAUAUUCUUACAUUGCUUCAGAUAUUGAUAGACUUAGAGGACAUUAACAUUAAUAAAUUAAGAUAUUAUGUAUUUAAUAAUCUCUUUAACUCACAAAUUAAUACAAGUUGAUAUAAUUUGUUUUUAAAAAUGCCAAUUUUAAUUUAAGAAAAUAUUAGCUUCUUAUUGUUUUCACUUCUGGGGUGUGACCUCAUUUAAACCAAGGCCAUUUGUCCCCAGGUGUCAAUCAAUUUUAAUGUCAAUGAGACAAAGCCAUGGGAAACUGUAGAUGUGAUUUUGACUGCUGACCCUGACUCUCAAGUCCACAUCCUGGUUGUCGAUCAGAGUGUAUUGCUGCUCAAGUCAGGAAAUGAUAUCACACCAGACAAGGU